GGGUGGGGGGAUCGGAUGGCUCGACGGACUAUGAUAGGCGUCAGGCAUGCAUGCCUGAUAGAGGGAGAUGGUCUUAGUCUUAGGUCCUAGCGUGCCAGAGAGGCGAGUUCCGUUGUUCGUUGGGGUCAGUGUCCUGUCGUUGGGUGGCUGCCUGAGGGGCAUUUUCACUCCUCCCAAACUGACUCUGACCAGUCCAUCCUCGAAAUUGAUCGCUUUCUCACUAGACUCUCUUCCGGAUUAUUACAGCAGUAUCGAAUCUACACACAACUGCAUUACUGAUGCUACAAUUCAGCUGCGGUUACUACGUUUCAAUAACUUGAUACGGUUAGCAUUGAGCUACGGUGGGAUGUCCGUUUUAGAGACCAUUCAUUUGAUUCAUCUAACAAUCUCGCAUAUCUGUAUGCAUCGAGGUUGAUGCA